AUGCGCGCCUGGCUCUACGACUCCGUCUCGGGCGGCCUUGAAACCCACCUGAGCCUUGUUGACGAUGCUCCCCAGCCGCCCUCGCUCGGCCCCAACGACAUUCUCAUCAAGGUCCACGCCAUGUCGCCCAAUCCGGCCGACUACAAGUUCCCCGAGGGGCUCGGCAUGCUCUGGCGGCUGGCCGUCUCGCUGCCUGCCACGCCCGGCAGCGACUUUUCCGGCACCGUUGCCGGCCUGGGCGACAUGGUCAGGGACGUCGGCGAGUUCACCAUCGGCCAGCCCGUGUACGGCUGCACGCCGCCGCCCACGCGCCACGGCUCGCUCGGCGAGUACGUCAUCGCCACCAUGGCCAGCUGCGCGGCCGUGCCGUCCCCGGCGGGCGCGCUCACGCUCGAGAGCGCGGCGUGUCUGGGCGUGGCGGCGCAGACGGCCUACCAAGCCAUCAGCCCGCACGUCGCGGCGGGCGACAUGGUGUUCAUCAACGGCGGCAGCGGCGGCGUCGGCACGUUUGCGAUCCAGAUCGCGCGCGUGCUGGGGUGCCGCGUGGUGACCAGCUGCUCGGGCCGCAACGCCGAGCUGUGCCGCUCGCUCGGGGCGGACGAGGUGCUGGACUACACCGAGGUGGACGUCAGCAAGGCGCUCAAGGCCAAGGGCCCCGUGUUCAAGCUCGCGCUGGACAACAUCGGGCUGGAGCCGGCCGACCUGUACAAGGCCGCGGACGAGUACCUGAUGCCGGCGGGCCGGUUCGUGCAGGUGGGCGCGGGGCUGUCGCUGCGACACAUGAUGAGCACGGCGGGCCGGGCGCUGCGGCCGGCGGGUCUCGGGGGCGGGAAGCGAAAGUGGCAGUUCAUGUCGCUGCAGUCGAAGCAUGCGGACCUGGCCAAGCUGGGGAGGUGGGCGGCGGAGGGUCAGAUCCGGGCGGUGGUGGAGGAGACGUACAGGUUCGAGGAUGCCCCAAAGGCCUAUGAGAAGAUGAGGACAGGGAGGACGAAGGGUUGUCUGGUAGUGAAGGGGCCGGAUGCAAAGUAG